AUGCCUUCUCAGAGAUGUUGCUCGCGCCAUCUGUGUGUGAUUGUAUGGCGCCCGUGUGACCUCACCACCACCGUGUCACAUGACUGCCACCCGUGUGAUCUCACCACCGCCGUGUCACAUGACUGCCACCCGUGUGAUCUCACCACCGCCGUGUCACAUGACUGCCACCCGUGUGAUCUCACCACCGCCGUGUCACAUGACUGCCACCCGUGUGAUCUCACCACCGCCGUGUCACAUGACUGCCACCCGUGUGAUCUCACCACCGCCGUGUCACAUGACUGCCACCCGUGUGAUCUCACCACCGCCGUGUCACAUGACUGCCGCCCGUGUGAUCUCACCACCGCCGUGUCACAUGACUGCCGCCCGUGUGAUCUCACCACCGCCGUGUCACAUGACUGCCGCCCGUGUGAUCUCACCACCGCCGUGUCACAUGACUGCCGCCCGUGUGAUCUCACCACCGCCGUGUCACAUGACUGCCGCCCGUGUGAUCUCACCACCGCCGUGUCACAUGACUGCCGCCCGUGUGAUCUCACCACCGCCGUGUCACAUGACUGCCGCCCGUGUGAUCUCACCACCGCCGUGUCACAUGACUGCCGCCCGUGUGAUCUCACCACCGCCGUGUCACAUGACUGCCGCCCGUGUGAUCUCACCACCGCCGUGUCACAUGACUGCCACCAUGUGAUCUCACCACCACCGUGUCACAUGACUGCCACCCGUGUGAUCUCACCACCGCCGUGUCACAUGACUGCCGCCCGUAUGAUUUCACCACCGCCGUGUCACAUGACUGCCGCCCGUAUGAUCUCACCACCGCCGUGUCACAUGACUGCCACCGUGUGA